UAAUUUAUUGGAUAAACUUUAUCAGUGCACAUUGGUAUAGCUGGUCAAUCGUUUGUGUUUUUAUUUUAUAUACAAUAAAAUAGUAAAGAAUAAGAAUUUGUUUACUUUCGUACUGUGACAAAUGAUAAUAUAUCGUCAUGGAUCCCAAAUAUGAAGCUAACGUAGACAAAACUCUGACUCCUAGAAAAAUAUUUAUAAGACAGAUCCUGGUGUCCAGCAGUGUUUGGUCUAGUUUCUUUAUGUUUGGACUAUGUAUGGGCACACCGACAAUCUAUAUAUCACAAACAAGAGAGGAAGCCAAUUCAACUGAUGUGAUUUCUAAUGAAAUGUCUUCGUGGAUAAGUUCUGCGUACAAUUACAGCGCGAUACCCAACCUCUUCAUUGUUGCAUUCCUGUCACGGAAAUUUGGCCGAAAGAAGACUUUCCUAGUCGCCUCUUUGACAUCUGCAGUUGGAUUCGUAACCUUGUACUUAAGUUCAGACUCCACACAGGUGAUAAUAAGCGAGGUAUUACAAGGAACUCUAAUUGCCUCAGAUGGAAUGAUUUGUGUUAUGGUUCUUACAGAAUAUACAUCACCGAAAUACCGAGGAUUCUUCCUUACAUUUAAGUCAGCAACGUUUGGUUGGGGAAUGCUUGUUGCGAAUACGAUGGGGACGUUUUUGCAUUGGAAGUCAAUACCGGUACUAGGGUUUAUCUUGUCAGUAUAUGCAUUUAUCUCUUGUCUUUUCUGGCCUGAGUCACCAUAUUGGUUGGCUAGCAGGCAAAAUUACGACGCCUGCGCUAAAUCCCAUUGCUGGCUCAAGGGGACUGACGAAGAGUCUAUGAAAGAAAUAAACUCAUUGAUAAUGCAACACAAAGAUUUAAGUCGCGCAAAAAUAGAAUCUUCGCAGAAUAUACUAAAGAAGAUUCAAAUUGCGAUAACUGCAAAAGCCUUCUACAAACCUUUUGGAUAUACAAUGCUUAUGUUACUCUUGUACUAUUUUUCUGGUAAAAUGUCGUGCAAUGUAUACGCCCUGCAGUUAAUUAAAAAUGUAACUAACAGUGAAUCGGCUGCAUAUACAGGAAUGCUAGUAAUAGAUGCAUUAACAGUUUUCAGUAUGUAUUUCACCAGUGCAAUUGUUAAGUUCUAUAAGCGAAAAAUGCUCUUUAUCACGACUUCUUUAUUUGGUAUUUUAUUCUUACUGUGUAUCUCUAUUUAUUUGUAUCUAUCAAAAUUAGAAUUUUAUGAGACAAAUAGUUAUAUCUUUUUGGUUUUGUUAACACUAUACAUGAUUGUUAUAAGUUGUGGACCGAUUACUAUAACGCCGUCAAUUAUCGCAGAACUAUGUCCUCUUAGAUAUCGAGGACUAUACAUGUUAUUUAUGGAGUUAGUUGAUAAUAUAAUAAUGGGUACUGUUGUUAAAAUAUUGCCUUUUCUAUUAAGUACAAUAGGUGCCCACGGUGCAUUCUUUUUCUACGGUAGUUCGUCACUUAUUUUAACAUUACUGAUAUAUUACUUUAUUCCAGAAACAAAAGAUAAAACUAUUAUUGAAAUGGGUGUUCUUAUGGGUACUUAGAGAUUAUGAUUUUAAGGAUUUCAUGGUCUAAACAAGUUCCUUUAAGAUACUAACACAGGAUGCGUUGUACUAACUAUUAUUGAGAAAAUACAAAAAAAUAAUAUAUCUGAAUAUAACGAAGUGAAUUAGCAAGAUAUUAAUGAUAAAACUUAUUGCAAUAAUUUGAAGAUAGCCCUGGGAAAGUGUGAAAUAAUAAGAGAGUUGAAAGUGGUAAAUUAUUAGGUUUGAAUGAUCUUUAAAGUAUUGAAUUUGAAAUAUUUAGUUUCAAGGGCAUCUUUUUAGUUAUUGUUAAAAGUCAAUUAUAUUUAAUGGUGUCCUCAUUAUUUUUGAAUAUACUUGUCAAGCUCAAUUAUAAAUCAAUAUUUCAUAUUUUUUUUCAAUGCAUUUGAUUUACCUUAACCCAUUUUCAUACAAUUGCCCUUUUGUAAAUAUAGUUAUUAUAAACUAUUAUUAUUAGUAUUUUACUUCGCCCUGUUUUUAUUACAGAACUACCUUUUAUCGUUAAAACGACAAAGUACGUACGUUUAUAUUAAACAUGCACUCAACAAUAUUCUCCUCAUUCAACUGUAUAUACAUUUUUGAAAUGAAAAUAUAUUAUGAUAAACCAUUUAUAUCGGUUCUAUAACUAUUUAUUUUACGGUUGGUCUUACGCAUGCACGCUAUAAAAUUCGCAUAUUGUUUUUAAUAAUUUUUCAAAAUAAUCCUGCCACGACUCUGCGUGGAUUGUUUUAUUAAAUAUAAACUUAGACAUUACCACAAGCUAGGUAGGUUUAGUCGCCGGUUCAAGACAAGAAAAUCUAAAAACGCUUUUUCUCAAAGGUACUACAAAAACUUUCUUAGUUCAUCAGCUAGGUCUUUCGAUUCCGUGAUUCAAAGUCGGAGCACGUUUAUCGUGAAUUUACGGUCGAUUCAUCCGAUAUUCGAUUAUUAGGCAUUGAUCUCUUUAAAAUUUCGCUUUUUAUUCGCAUUGCCAGUCCUGUUCAAUUGGCUAGAACGAAAUAAUUUUCUGAUUAUACGCCGACAGAAUCUUUAAUUUGCGCCAUUAAUGCUGUUAUUUUAAUCGUGAUAAAAGUAAAAUGUCUUCUAUGAGUAGGUUUUUUUAGUUUUUAUUUCGAAAUAAAUAUGUUCUAGGUGUUCUUUCGUUAUUUUAUCCUUAGUAAAAAUCACUUUAAAUCCAAUAUAAUUAAAGGCAACCCUUUAAUAACCAUCAAUUUUAAAAUGAGAUUUUUCAUCGACUUUGUAGCGAAUCGUAGAUACGCACUAAAAAUGUACAUACUCUUUUGUGUAGUAUUUUCUAUAAGAUUUUGAUAUAUGUGUUAACAUAAAGAUAGGACACUAAGAAAAAAAGAAAAGCGGACGUCACUCAGAACAGACUUAUAAGACGAGUAAUAUUCAUGUUUUUUUCCUUGAACGUUUCUAUGUUAAUAUAAAUUAAUUACUGUUGUUUGUAAAGAAUAAAUCAAUUCACAAAGAUAAAAAUGGGUUGAGAUUUAUAACAAGAUAGCACAUCCCAUAACU